UAACCUCUGUGUCUCUGCUCUCUUCGUGAAGCCUGAAGUUUCCCCUGGAUCCUUUAAGGACUUGACUUCUUUUUAAAGACAUUUUACUCCACUGCACCUGAUCAUGGAGACCACCACUGUGGAAUAUGCUGAUCCUUAUGAAUACUAUGAUGACAAUGAGACUUCUUGUGACUUUUCUGAGUGGGAACCUUCCUACUCUCUCAUCCCUGUCCUGUACAUGCUCAUCUUCAUCUUGGGCCUGUCGGGUAAUGGAGUAGUCAUCUUCACUGUCUGGAGGUCCAAAAGCAAGCGCCGCGCUGCAGACAUCUACAUUGGAAACCUGGCUCUGGCUGACCUUACCUUUGUCGCGACUCUACCUCUUUGGGCAGUCUACACAGCGCUGGGUUACCACUGGCCAUUUGGAGUUGCUCUGUGCAAAAUCAGUAGCUAUGUGGUCCUGGUCAACAUGUAUGCCAGCGUCUUCUGCCUCACCUGCCUCAGUUUUGACCGCUACCUCGCCAUCGUCCACUCCCUGUCCAGUAGUAGGCUGCGUUCUAGAGGCACCAUGCUGGCAUCUCUUGGGGCAAUCUGGCUGCUUUCUGGUCUGCUGGCUCUGCCAACGUUGCUUUUCCGCAACACUGUGAAUGACAUCGGCAGCAACAAAACCACGUGUGGGAUGGACUUCAGUCUGGUCACCUUGAAUGAGAGGCAUGAGUCUUUUUGGAUCGCUGGACUCUCUCUCUCUUCCUCUGCUCUAGGUUUCCUCCUACCUUUUCUCGCCAUGACAAUCUUCUACUGUUUCAUCGGCUGCACUGUGACUCGCCACUUCAACAACCUGCGCAAAGAGGACCAGAAGAAGAAGAGGCUGCUGAAGAUCAUCACCACCUUGGUUGUGGUAUUCGCCAUCUGCUGGACACCGUUCCAUGUGUUCAAAAGCAUGGAUGCUCUGUCCUACCUCAACCUUGCUCCCACAUCCUGUGGUUUUGUGAGCUUCUUGCUGCUAGCUCAUCCAUACGCUACCUGCCUGGCUUAUGUCAACAGCUGCCUGAACCCCUUCCUGUAUGCUUUCUUCGACUUGCGUUUCCGCUCCCAAUGUCUGUGCCUGCUCAACCUGAAGAAGGCAAUGCAUGGCCACAUGAGCUCCAUGUCAUCAACUCUCAGUGCCCAGACUCAGAAAUCAGAGAUCCAAUCUUUGGCCACAAAGGUUUAAACUUAAAGGGACUUAACAGGUGGUGUUUGGCUGCAGGCCGGUCACAGCGCCCACCAUUGGAACACUGUCAGAACAGACUUUUGUAUCCACUGAUGAUGAUAUAAUGAACUUUGUGCUCACUGUCAUGAAUGAUGGUUCUUCUCUGCUAUAUCAGACAGCUGGAGUCUGCAGGUAGAGCUCCUCAGCUAAUCAAAGAAAAAAUUUAUUUUUAUGUUACGUCUUGCUCUACAAAGUUUAUGAAUUUGAACACACACUGAUGUUGGGAGACUUUUACGUGGACUAUAUUUCUGUUACACUGGAUGAAUUAGAAAGUUGUACAGUAUUUUCAUACCAUAGCAUUUUCCUGAAUUUAUUGAUGUUUUAUUUUGGAAGCACUUGUUAAAUGUGUGAGCAAACAGUGUGGCAUCCCCCUCAAAGCCUGUUGUUUGUGAAGUUGUGAAGGCAGAAGUCUGGGCUCAGGAGCAAACGGGCUGUAGAAGAGGGAAGGUGUUACUGCUUAAUUAUAUAGUUAGUGUAGAGGAGACGGGGGCAGACAAGCAGAUGGCAGUUGACAAAUGUUGGAAAACAGGAAUGGGGUGGGGUGGAGGGUUUCAUGGUGUAGCCACGGCA